AUGUCCGAGCUGGUGGCCAGGGCCGCGAAGAUCGCGGCCGGAUGCCUGACCCGCCGCUCCAAGCGCUACGACUUGGCCAAGGUGCACGCCAGGGGAUGCAUCGCAGCCGCUCCUCAGCCUCAAGACACUUGGGUUACUGUACAUGUUAAAAGCUGCAAUGACGGGGGUAUCCUGGACCUUGACGACCACCUCAACGACGUCGUCGAUGACAGGGAACAAAUCAUAGCCGUGUUCGAAGAGCGGUCAUCUCCCUGCCCGACCCACAAUGCUGGAGAUGGGACCAGUGCUAGUUCUGUGGGUACGGAGAGCCCCGACAUCUUCCACUGCAAUGAGUUGAACCACAAUGGGGGCAUCAAGGGUGGUUCGAGUUACAUUGACGUGGAAGAAAUUACCGCAGACAAGCUUCCAGUGGGCGUCGCUCCCCUUCAGGUUCGAAGGGGCAGUGAGCCGACGCUAAAUCGUCUUUCACCAGUUUCAUCUGAACCUGAUCCCAGCAAGAGGUGGUCAGCUGCUGUCGUUGUGGAUGAUCUUUCGCUUACUCGAGAUGUGAAGGAGAAUGGCAGCCUGUCAGAUAAUGAGCAGCAGCCUCCUCCCCCACCUGGCGAGAGGGGUGAGGGAAGUGGCGGUGAAGAGAAGUCUAACGCGGGGACAUUGUCGCGCAUUUCUCGGGGCUCUGGACGACUGUCCAUGCUGGGGAACAACCCCCACAUGCUUCGGUGGGCAGAGGCGGCUGACAGGCAGCUCUACAAGUUUCAAGACAGCAGGAAAGAACCACUGGGCAGUGCUGGCUCUUCUCCUGACAGGGACAGUGCAGCUUCUUCAGGGAGCAGCCAAGAAGAAAGGGACUCUAUAGUUGUACUCAAGAACGAAGCCGGUCCACUGGGCAUCCAUGUUGUUCCUGAACAAGGCAGUGGGGGAAGGGACAUGGGCCUGGUGAUUCAGGGCAUUGAGCCGGGUGGUCGAAUAGACCGAGAUGGCCGGCUACGGGUCGGCGACACCAUUGUGGAGGUCAAUGGCCGGAGCCUCCUGCACCUUAGUUUCCAGGCUGCACAGCAAGUGUUCAAGGAGGCGCUACAGUCUCAAGAAAUCUGCCUGCACCUGUCACGGCGGAGGCCGACACAUUCUGGUUCCUCUCCUAUGUCAUCACCUCCUCCUCCUCUGCCCCUGUCGCUGCCUCCAUCCCUGUCAUCAACACAAAGUAGCAGUGAUGCGGGUUUUUCCUCUGUAACAUCCUCACUGCAAAGUCCACCCAAGAGGCCGCCCCCGCCUCCAUUCCGCAAUGACCCUGUCGAAGGCCUUAACAACGGUGUCGUCAACGGUCUCGUUGAGGGAGAAGAGAGAAGUGGUCUCAACAGUAAGGUGGCAACGGUGACGCCAACCAAAAAGCUUCCGCCACCGCCACCUUCUGCCACUGCCAAUGGACGAUCAACAGCUUCGAGCCUCAAUGUUGCCAACACGCGUAAGAUCGGUCGCAAGGUACACAUAAAGUUGGUCAAGGGGCCCGAAGGAUUGGGCUUUAGUGUGACAACGCGGGACAACCCGGCUGGUGGGAACUGCCCAAUUUACAUCAAGAACAUCUUGCCUCGCGGAGCAGCUAUUGAUGAUGGCCGGCUCAGGCCGGGUGACCGGUUACUCGAGGUGAAUGGUGUAGAAAUGACCGGCCGGUCACAAACUGAUGCUGUCACAAUAUUGAGAAACGCACCACCUGGAAGCACUGUGGAGUUGGUUGUCUCCAGGCAAGAGCCCGACCCUUCACCUAGUCCUGGUCUUCCACGAGAAAUUCCCCCUGAAAAAGCUGGUGAUGAAGUCGGCAUUUUCCCCUGGCGUCAGAAGGAAAUUCUGACACUUGACAUUCCACUCAAUGACACUGGUUCGGCUGGCCUUGGCGUGAGUGUCAAGGGCAAAACGUCGACUGGUGCCAGUACCCCUGUCGACCUGGGCAUCUUCGUCAAAUCAGUGAUCCACGGUGGUGCUGCAUCUAAGGAUGGGCGCUUGCGUACGAAUGACCAGCUGCUCAACAUCAAUGGCAUCUCCCUCCUGGGCAUGACCAACAGUCAAGCCAUGGAGACACUGCGUCGUGCCAUGACCCAAGGCGAGGGGCCCAACCCAAAUGCCAUCACCCUCACCAUAGCUAGACGGGUUCCCUCACAAGAUGUCGCUGAAAACCUCAGGUUUGAGGAAGGCUUCCUGUCCAGUGGGGACUCGUUCUCGGUACAUCUGCGAUCGGACUCGCUGCUAAGUUCAGACUCAACAGCUGCCUCCUCGUCCUGUGAAAACCUCUCGGUCUCGGGGGGCAGUGGUCGAACACCAGACCACUCCACAAGCGGCAACUCUGAGAACACCGUGGUCUACGUGCCCAAGCAGCCGCCUCCACCACCUGUGCACGAAUAUGGCUUUGGAAGGAAUCCUGUGCUGGAGCGGCUUAUGGGCCAGAGUUCUGGCACAUUGCCGUCCAACCUUCGCAACGAGUCAUACCUGCGUGCCAGUCACGACAGCUGGCUGUCCGAACGGCACAGUCGGCAUCACACGGCGCCUCGCACCGCACCCAAUCACCGUCCAACUCCGUUGUCCCCCAGCACCGGCCGGGUACCUCCAGACACGGUGCAGAUAGAGGACGACUACCCGACCUCCUUGCGCGGUGGCGACACCUCUGUUCCACCCAUGACGCCGGUCGAAGAGGAAGCCCCAACGCCAACUCUCGGUCACAAUAGCAACAACCUCAAUCAGAGCGAGUUGUCCCUGGUAGACGGUGGCAACUUCUGUCGGGAUGGUUUUGGCCGGCAGAGCAUUUCCGAGAAGAGGCACGCCCACCUUGACGCUCGCAACACAGACACCUACAAGCGCAACAAGCGGACGCGAGAAGAACAGGAGAAGGCGAACGCUAGGCAACAGCAAACGGAGGUCAAGACGUCCAUUUCACCCCCAACAGUCGGCAUUGGGUCACACAGAGAUGGGGCAGACCCUCGACGACCCACGGCACUAAAUGGGAAGGAACAACAGAAUGGCAAUCUGAUGCGAUCCAACUCGGCGGAUUCCCUCUUGAGUCAUUCCAAGUCACACGGCGCCACCGAAUCUACAUAUCUAGUCAAAUGUCAGCAAGUGAGCAAGGUGCAUAGGAAUCCCUUGUUCUUCUAUCCAGCUUGUUGCUUUAUGGUGAAUGGCGACUCGCCAAGCACAGAUGCCAGCUGCCACACGACCAACACAACCGUGACCAAAAGCAACAACAGCGGCAGUGGCAAUGGCACCGUGCAGCUGGUCGGUCCUUCGUUGGGCAUGCGCAAGUCGAGCAGCCUCGAAAGUCUCCAGACUCUCAUGGUGCAGGGACCAGAUGGCACUGUCAUGGCUUCCACGUCACAAAAUCCUCGACAAGAGCGUGGUGCCAGAGGCUGCAACGAGAGCUUCCGCGCAGCUGUCGACCGUUCUUACGAUGGGCCAAGUGCCGCAGGGACGCAGAAUUCUGCUGACCAGAUGGAGACACUGGAGGAAGAAAAGGAAAGUGAGACUGGCAGUGCAACAAGUGCUGAACAUCGAGGUAGCUGUCCACUGCAUUCAGUCACGGUGCCUUUGGAUGCCCGCGAAGCUGCUGCCUAUGCUAGCAAGGACGCGGCUUCCUCUAAGCCGACACAGCGGAAGAAAGGGUUGCUCAAAGGUCUUGGCAGCGUCUUCAGUAGGUUUGGCAAGAACCGCAAGACAAUUCCUGAGCCGGGCUCCAAGCUCUCCAGAGAAGAACUUGAGCAAGAGGCAGAGCGUUUGCGAGCUAGGCAAGCAGCACGGGAUGAACAAGAACGCAUUCAAGAACAGUACAGGAAGUUGCUGGAGCAACAGCAGCAGCAGCAGCAGCAGCAGCAGCAACAAGAGCAGCAGCAGCGACAGCAGCCAUCACAUCAACACAUGCAGCCUUCCCAUCAGCCACCAUUGCCACCUUUGCCAACACAGCAGCAACAGCAAUACCAGCAAAACCAUCACUUUCAGAAUCAGCGUGGGUCCGUCCAACAUCAGCAGUCCCCGUGCUCGGUCUCCUCGCCACCACCAUGUCCAAGCAGAAGCACACCGACCACCACAAGUGCAGCAUCACGUCAGGAACGCAUGCAACUGCUAAGAGCCCAGCACCAAAAGAGGCACGUUGAGCGACAGGGCCACUAUCCUCGAGACGACCUCGAAGAGUGGUACGAGCAAGACCUGCAGCACAAGAUGUUGCGCAGCCCCGUGCCUCCGCAAGGCCGUCCUCUGCCGCCUGUGCCUCACGCCUUGCCGCCACCUGCCUAUGGCACAUGCGGCUAUGCACAGAGGGCAAUCCCUAAGGUUUGCAGUCCUCAGAGAAACACAUCAUUUGGUCGAUCUUUUAGUCUGAGAACUUCGCGUGGUCUUCAGAGACGAGAGAGCGAUGUUGUCCACUCAAGGUCACAAAGUUUUGACAUUUUUAAAGAAAUGGAACGGCCGGGAAGCCGUGUCGGACUCGCAGACCCAACUCAGUACAGCCACUAUGUUAACUUCAACGAGAUUCAACUACACCUUCGGCAGUUCCAGCAGAAGCAGCAACAGCAGCAGCAGCUCUUGUCACAGUCUCGAGAUCCCACGUGCAGCAGUUCGUCACAGCCAGUGCCCCCACCACCAAUGUCCAAUCGGUCUCGUUCAGAACGCCCAUCAUCAAACUACUUUGAAUACGAGACUGUCCAGGGCACACCUUCGAAGCUUCAAAAGGAGAGAAAUGGCAUGGGACCCACAGAGUCGAGUUCACUUCCACGACACGCGCAUGUGGCCGGGCAUCGUAUGGUGUAUGCAAAGACAGUUCCAACACAACAGACAAUGCUACCCCCCCACAGUUCUCUCGGUAGUGGCAAUGGUGGUGUGAUGAUCAAAACUGUUCCACGUGCUGCUCCGCGGGCGCAUGUUCAAACGAUGGCUGGCUACAGGAAUUCGCCAAACCACUUGUCACAGGUCUAUGGCAUCACAUCGCGUCAUGACAUUGGACAGCAGAUGCCUGGCUCCAAAGUGUGAACGUUCCAAUGCUGCGUUCUGUGCUGUUGUGUCUCCAUUAUUUUAUUAAUUGUCAUGUUGUGUGAACACUAGGAUACACGAGUGUGUAGCACAGGCAUUGCUUUCUACCAGUACCUCAGUGAUGGGAAAUGUUCAUUUCGUGCAAGAAGUAGUGCGUGAUAUGGUUGGCUGGACCAGAAGAGUCAUCCGUCCUAGCUCGACACUGCUGCGGCUCGCCCUUUUGCCAUGCCCGAGCUAAUCUAUCUGUUUCAAACAGGUGUGAAUCGCUAUUCAUGUUGCUAGAUGCACCGAGUUAGAUAUUAAAGGAAAAGCGUGCCAUUUUUAUGUGAGGUAGUGACAACAGGAGACAAAACUGAAUGGAAGCACCACUACCUCUGCCAUGCGUCCAGUGCUGUUUAUUGUGUGGUGCAGACAUAAGUGCAGCUGAUCGUAUAUUUAGAAUGCAAUUUUGUAUUGUUGUGAAAGCCAUGUAGUGUGCUUGUAAGGAAGUUGUUGCGUUUACACCCGACGAAAGAAACUUUUUUUUUUCUAUACUAACAAACAGGAACAAAAGGAUGUGCAGGUGCCUUGCCAACUCUAGGUUGUUUGUAAGAAUGUUUUCAUCUGCAUAAUUGUGAGGUGUUUGAUUGAAUAGUGUAACUCAUUGCCUUACAUUUACUAUCAUGGGAGAAAAUUUACGUCCAGUUCUCAUACAUUGCUGGUGGCCAGCUGAUUUGUUCACCUGCUUGUUGCAUGUAUUUACGCAUUCAUUAAUCUUACCAUCAAGAAAAACUGUGCGUAUUGUAAGUGCCGGUUUUUGCUCCCAUGAAAUGUUUUUUUUUUUUCUUUAGUCCUUUGUAUAUACAUUCCUCUCUCUCUGCUUUUUAUAAUUUUUUUUAUUGUUAUAGAAUGCGGCAGUGUGGCCUACGACAGCGUAAUCACGCCUUAUCACAUAUCUCUGCACCCUUUAUACAAGGCUGUGCAGCAGGACUGUUCAUCAUUCCUGUACUUUCUUGUAUCUUGUAAAAUUUUUCUGACAGUAUUAUAUAUAUAAAUGAGACAGCAUCUUUUUAGGACAAGCCUUUGUAAGUCUGAUUCUACACUCAUUUUCCAUUUGAACGUACAGAAUAAAAAGAAAUGUACAGUUGA